AUGUCAAUUUAUGACACGCUGCUGAAUACAGAUUAUAGCUGGCCAGAACCUUUAUCCGAGUUGCCAUUGAAGAUAGAUCCAUCUAUGGAGGACAGACUCGAUCCCGAAUAUGUGCAAUUUUUCAAUGAAGUUCUAUGCGAAAGACCAGAUAUUCUUGAAACUCACAAGUAUCCUGUUGCGAAGACAAAAGCUGGGGGUAACGUUAUCCCUGGUCAAGCACCUCCAAUGGAAGUGGCAAAGAUUUAUGAUAUUGAAAUAUCAAGAAAACAUACGGCUGCAGAAACGCCAGUUCCUGUCCGGGUUUUUGUUCCAAAGGGUCAAAUGCCCUCUACCGGUUGGCCUUGUACCGUUUGGUAUCAUGGUGGUGGAUGGGUUUUAGGAAGCAUCGACACUGAGAACUCCUAUUGCACACAUCUUGCUGAGCUAGCAAAGUGUAUCGUUAUAACAGUGGACUACAGACUAGCUCCAGAAUUUCCAUUCCCAGCCUGCGUCGAGGAUGCAUUUGAGGCUUUGAUGUACGUUAUGGAAAGUUCAGAGAUGUUGAAUGUUGACAACAAAAAAAUUUGUCUCGCCGGUUCAUCAGCAGGUGGUAAUCUCACCGCGAUAAUGACUCAUAAAUACGCAUCCUCCCCGCUAUCAAAAGGUUUGCCACCACUAAAGUUUCAGAUGAUGGUCGUUCCUGUUACUGAUAAUACAGCAAAUAAUGAGACACAGCCUUCAUGGAAGGAAAACGAAAAAACUCCACAAUUACCUGCAACGAAAAUGCUUUGGUACAGGAAGAUAUACCUUCCUGACGCAGGGGAAACAUUGAAAGAUCCUGAGUCAAGUCCCUUGUUUUACCCAGAAGUCAGUUUCAAGCAAGUUCCUCCUUCAUUCAUAGCAGCUGCUGAAUGUGAUGUCUUGAGGUCUGAAGCGGAGGCAUACCAUGACAAAUUGAGAGCCAACGGAAUCGACAGCAAGAUCACUAUAUAUAAAGGUGUUCCACAUACGGCCAUGGUGAUGAAUGAGAGACUAACCCAGGGUGCAAACUUGGUAAGAGAUACAAUCGCCAGUGUAAGAGAUGCUUUCAGUGCGUGA